CCGGAAGUGGUCUAUCUUUGGUUGGCGUCACGUUGCUAACCGAUGGCUGGCGUGUCCGAUAGUACUUCCGGGCCUUCUUCUGAGGCCACCGGUACCAUGCAGGAGUCUGAGUCCGAGUUGGAGCGGGAAGCAGUAAAAGAACUUCUUAGUGAAGCAAAACGUGGAAAGAUUCGAUCUGAGACUAUGGGUGCAAUGGGCUGGAUGAAAUGUCCACUCGCAAGCACCAACAAGCGAUUUCUGAUCAAUACUAUUAAGAAUACAAUGCCACUGUCAAAGGAACAAGAUCCCGACAGCAAAAGGGACAUAAAUAAAUCAGAGGAACAUGGUAAGGAGAAAAGGGAUUCGAGGACGGACAGAAGACAUCCCUACAAAAGCCAUGGGUAUUCAAGAAGGGAGAGGAGUCCCUCUCCUUCACAGAAUAACAAGAGAAAGGAGGAAAAAACACAUAAAUGACGUCAAACGCAGUUGGUCCUGGACGAUCCACACAAUCUGUAAACACUGGAUUUGUGUACAUUUUAUCAGUAACACGUUUUAUGCAUUUACUAUUGACACAGACUGUUAUGUUGUACUUGUAUUUAACCUAUUCUUUGCCAGGUUGCCUAUAAGGUUGUGAUUAUCUUGCAAUAAAGUUGAUCAACAAUA